ACGGUAGCCGAUGCACAACGUCCACUGGCCUCAUGGUCAUUAUCUCCUGGCAGCGCAUCGUGCGGGGCCUACACUCUCAAAAAUGGAUUUGCCUAGCAGUGCAGGUUCCUCAAUCAAGAGAAUUGAUAAAGGCACUGUACAUAACAUAUGCUCUGGACAAGUGAUCGUCAGUCUCCGGUCAGCCGUGAAGGAGCUGGUAGAGAACGCGCUGGACGCCGGUGCCACGUCAGUGGAGGUCCACCUGCGCGACCAUGGCACCGCCUCCAUUGAAGUUGUCGACAAUGGUGCCGGCAUCCAUGAGGACGACUUCGAAGCCGUGGGGCUGAAGCACCACACCUCGAAGCUGCGCGAGUUUGCCGAUCUGCCCGGCGUUAGUACGUUUGGCUUCCGCGGGGAGGCGCUGGGGUCGCUGUGCGCUCUGGCCGACGUCGCCGUGGUGACGCGCCACCGCGCGGCCGCCGUCGGCCACCGACUGCGCUUCUCUGCCGAUGGCCGGAUCGCGGAGCGGACGCCGGUGCCCAGACAGGUGGGGACGACGGUGACGGUGCGCGACCUGUUCGCGCCGCUGCCGGUGCGGCGGCGCCAGUUCUGCGGCCGCGCGCGCCGCGAGCUCACGGACCUGCUGCACACCCUCUGGGGCUACGGCCUGGUCACCGCCGGCGUCAGGCUCGUGUGCUCGCACCAGACGGCCGACGGCAGGAGGAGCGUGCUGCUGACGUCAUCCGUCAGCGCCGCGCUCGCUGACCGCGUGACGGCGCUGUUCGGCCAGAAGCAGCUGGCCAGUCUGGUGCCGCUCGUGUCGACCGUGCCGACGGACGCCACGCGACAGGAGUUCGGCCUGGCCGCCGCCGACAGGGCCGCCGAUGUCACGGUCAAGGGUCUGAUCUCCUCCUGUGAGCACGGCAAGGGAAGGAGCGCAUCCGACCGCCAGUUCGUCUUUAUCAACGGCCGGCCCUGUGACCACACCAAGAUAGCCCGCUUGGUCAACGAGGUGUACCGUACGCACAACCGGCACCAGAGUCCGUUCUUCGUCCUGGACGUGACGCUGGCCCGUGAGAGGGUGGACGUGAACGUCACGCCCGACAAGCGUAUGAUGUUCGUCCAGAACGAGAAGUACCUGCUGGCCUCCAUCAAGGAGACGCUGACCAAGUGCUUCGAAGGUCUGCCGUCAUCCUACACCGUCGCCUCUCACCUUCAAAGCCAAUCGCCGGCCUCUCCAUCCGUGACGUCACCUCAGCCGUUGACGUCGCCAACGUUAGCUGGGGCCUGGAUAUCGGCCAUCAAGCGAAGCAUUAAGAAGUGUGAUAAGCCGGCCAGUCCCGUCAAGCGACAGUGCCUCGACCGUUUCUUCACGCGCAUUACGGCGUCACCAGCGUCGGACGGCGACGCCGACUUCCGUCCCGCCACGGACGCAGAGAGCGCCAGCCCCCGUCUGACGAGACAUCCACCUCCGUCGGACUCGUGCUCUGCCAGUGGCGGCACCAUGAUGACGGCAGCACCGGUGUCAGCACCAGCACCUGGCCUGGCGAGCUGUCUGCCGCUGUGGGAGGCCCAGGCCGCCGGCGACAGCACCGCCUGCUGCCUGACGAACAGUGCUCUGCUGCCGGCCGCACCCGCCGCCAGCCAGGCCGCCCCGAGCCCGGCAGGCGGUGACGGGCCGCCGUCCGAAGGCAGCUGCUUGGUGGCGGACGGGGUGACGUCGCCAACGGCAGUGGCCGCGAAGGAGGACAGAGCAGGCGCCGGCGGGGCGCCAGAGUCUUGGACUGUGCCUUCGGGCGGCGCCGAGGGCGUCGGCCGGGACACGCGGACGUGCCUGGACGGGACACGCGGCCAGGCGCAGGUGGCGAGGGGGCGGCGCUGGCGAGAGCGGGGGCGAGGCGUCGGCGGCGCGCCGAAGCGACGUUCUCGGAAGUCCCGGCGGACUGGAGGGGGCGGCGGCUCGCCACCACGGCAGCUGCCUCCGGCCGGGGGGAGGGUGUCGUGCUCACCCGGGGCCGUCAUCACCGACUCGUCGGAAGGUGACACCAUGGCUAACGCCAGGAAACGGACCCGCUUGGCGUUUAGCAUGGACGAGCUCAGGCGCCAGGUAGCCACGUUGGAAACACCGUGUUCGGAGGCGGGUGAUGCCGGGCGGGAGUGGCGGUUUCGGGCCACCAUCCAACCGUCCGAAAAUUCAGCGGCGGAACAGGAGCUGAAGCUGCAGAUAAAAAAGGAGGACUUCUUAGAGAUGGAGGUGCUGGGCCAGUUCAACCUGGGCUUCCUGGUGACCCGGCUGGGUGAGGACCUGUUCCUCAUCGACCAGCACGCCAGCGACGAGAAGUUCAACUUUGAGCGACUGAGUCGCCAGCCGCUGGCCAAGCAGCCGCUCGUGGUUCCGCAGGAGCUGGAGCUGCCGGCCGUCUCCGAGGAGACGCUGCUGUCGCGACCGGAGCCGUUCGCCGAGGCCGGCUUCCAGGUGUCGGUGGACGAGUCGGCGCCGCCCGGCCGCCGGCUGCGGCUGCUGGCGGCGCCGGCCGUCCAGGGCGUGGUCUGUGGCCGCGCCGACCUGGAGGAGCUCAUCUGGCUGGUGCAGGAGUCACCGGGCCCGCUGACCGCGAUCAGGCCGUCCCGGGUGCGCGCUGUGCUGGCGUCGCGCGCGUGCCGCACCUCCGUGAUGAUCGGCACGGCGCUCUCCCCGGCCGGCAUGACGCGCCUCGUGCGCAACAUGGCUGACAUGGAGCAGCCCUGGAACUGUCCCCACGGACGCCCCACCAUGCGACAUCUGGUCUGUUUGAGUCUGCUCCGGUCCUGAAGAGGGAGAGACGCACGCCAGUCGA